AUGAGCGAAGGCUCUAGCGGAGAAGUGAAUAGGACCGUAAUGGAAGAGAAAUCGGAACAGAGAGGAGGAGGAUCUCUGGCGAAAGGAAGAUCGUGCAAAGGAUACCUAUACUACUCAUCCACUCUCAAAUCAAAGGAUAAGAAUCCUCGCUGCGUCGGAAUCCCUCGUACUCUCCGCCAAGUUCCUGAUUACGUUGUUGGACAAUCUGAAGCUGAAGCUUCUAAAGAAGGGCGUACCUUAACAGAUUUUUACUAUGGAUGUUUGGGUUAUUCCGUUUACAUGACUGAUAAAGAUUCAUCGACUGCCAUGAAGCAACACACCAAGACUCAGCUUCCUGUUUGUCUCGGCCUUGAGAUACUAGCAGAUAGAAGAGCCGCUUCUAGCAACACUUCAUCUGUUCCUACCCGUGUUCAAAAUAGAAAUGAUUCUCGGGAGUUGCCUCAGCACCAGAACCAUAGACCAACUUCAACCCCAAUCCCAAAGACAACCCCAGCCACUGCCACAAACACUGAAAACGGCUUCAUAACGAGGUUCACAAGAAACGCAAAUCUGGUAGCAUCAGGGGUGAUGAAGAACCUGAAGAGAGUGGGUAAUUAUGUCAAAGAGCAUUUGGACGACUCUUUGGACGAUCAUCGAAAGCGACCAAAAUAA